GAGAGAGCCACAAAACAGAACAGAAACAGAAAAAAGAAAAAAACAAAGAGAGCUUAGUUCGCUCUGUCUCCGUCGUCUUUGGUGUCCAUCCACACACUCUCCGAUCCGACGAAAAAAUUCAAAUCGAGGAGGGACAACAACAAGAAAUUCAAGAAGCAAUGGCGACGACUGUCAGCAACGUGCUAGUCGCGAUAAUCAACACCAUCCUAUUAGUGCUAGGCCUAAUGGCCGUCGGCACCGGUCUGUACCUGAUGAUCGCCGGCGACUCCACGACGCAGUGCCGGCAAGGGCUCGAGCGGCCGCUCCUGAUCACCGGCGCCGCGCUGGUCGGCGUGGCGGCGAUCGGCCUCGUCGGCUCCUGCUGCCGCAACAGCUGCUUCAUCUUCCUCUACUUGAUCGUCAUGUUCGCCGCCAUCGUCCUCCUCGCCCUCUUCACCAUUUUCCUCAUCUUCGUCACAAAUCAGAGCAUCGCGCGGACCGUCACUAAAUUGAAGAUCUACAACCUCGACGGCUGGCUCCGUCGCUAUUACGUCAACGACGAGAAUUGGGGGAACAUCAAGAGCUGCUUGAUCGACGCCAGGAUCUGUUACGGUGUCGUCGCUAAAGAUCGUGCCGUCAUCGAUUUCAUCAAGAAGCGGUUCUCCUCUACUCGCUCUGGUUGCUGCACACCACCAUCUUCGUGUGGUUUCACGAUGAGGAACGAGACGUUCUGGAUCCCGCCCAAGAAAGGGAUCGCGGCGGGGGCAGAUCCAGACUGCAAUGGAUGGAGCAACAAGCAGAACGAGUUGUGCUACGACUGCGAGUCGUGCAAGGCGUCAUUCGUGUACAACAUCAAGCAGCAGUGGAGGUCUCUGGCGAUCAUUAACGUCUGUGUUCUGAUACUCGCCAUCUCGGUGUAUGUCAUCGGUUGUUGUGCACGGUUCAGCAAAUCGUCGUCGAGUUCCAGUAGAAAGUAUCUUCCCGGGAAGUACCCUUGAUGUUUGUUUUCUCUCUUUCUACUAGUUUCUUCGCUAAGUGUAGCUUUCAUCUGAUAUUCAUUUGUUCUCAUUCUUGUUAGUUUCGAUCUUUGUAGCUUGAUUCAGUUGACCAUUCUUCUC